CCCAGGCGGCCCUCGGCAGUGAGUCUCCUGCAGCCAAGCUUCCGAGGUUCCCGCGGCGCUCCCGGCGGCUGGGCCCGGCGGACAGCGAGCGGCAGCGGCUGGCCUCCAGGUAGCGGCAGAGAUGCCAGCAUAUUUAUAGGAAUUGCUUGAAGCCAGAGUCAUGGUGGAUGUAGGAAAGUGGCCAAUCUUCACUCUGCUCUCACCUCAAGAAAUUGCAUCUAUUCGGAAAGCCUGUGUCUUUGGCACCUCAGCCAAUGAAGCACUGUACGUUACUGAAGAUGAUGAGGGUGAAGAAGGGAGCCUUUGUGUAACUUUAGGACAAACAUCUCAAACAGAACUAUUUGUUUUCCAGGUCUUUGUAUUUGGACUGAACUAUAGUAACUGUCUAGGAACUGGAGAUAACCAGAGUACACUUACACCCAAAAAGCUAGAAGCCUUAUGUGGAAAGAAGAUUAAAAGCCUUAGUUAUGGCAGUGGACCACAUGUUCUUCUCAGCACUGAAGAUGGAGUUGUUUACGCCUGGGGCCACAAUGGAUAUAGCCAGCUUGGGAAUGGGACAACCAACCAAGGCAUUGCUCCCAUCCAAGUCUGUACCAAUCUCUUGAUCAAACAAGUGGUUGAAGUAGCUUGUGGCUCCCAUCAUUCAGUGGCUUUGGCAGCUGAUGGAGAGGUAUUUGCUUGGGGCUAUAACAACUGUGGCCAGGUGGGAUCAGGAUCUACAGCAAAUCAACCAACUCCUCGAAAAGUUACAAAUUGUUUACAUAUUAAGAGGGUAGUAGGCAUUGCCUGUGGUCAGACCUCAUCCAUGGCUGUUCUUGACACUGGUGAGGUGUAUGGCUGGGGUUACAAUGGCAACGGUCAGCUGGGCUUGGGAAACAAUGUUAAUCAGCUGACCCCUGUGCGAGUGGCAGCUUUGCACAGUGUGUGCGUGAACCAGAUUGUCUGCGGCUAUGCACACACUCUAGCACUAACAGAUGAGGGCUUGCUCUAUGCCUGGGGAGCUAACACGUAUGGGCAGCUUGGAACUGGCAAUAAAAAUAACCUGCUAAGCCCAACACACAUCAUGGUGGAGAAAGAAAGAGUAGUAGAAAUUGCAGCUUGCCACUCUGCCCACACAUCUGCUGCCAAGACCCAGGGAGGGCACGUGUACAUGUGGGGCCAGUGCCGGGGCCAGUCCGUGGUCCUGCCUCACCUCACCCACCUCUCAUGCACGGACGACGUGUUUGCCUGCUUUGCCACUCCCGCCGUCUCCUGGCGCCUCCUGUCUGUAGAGCAUGAAGAUUUUUUAACAGUUGCAGAGUCCCUGAAGAAAGAAUUUGACAGUCCAGAAACUGCUGACCUAAAGUUCAGAAUUGAUGGGAAAUAUAUCCAUGUCCAUAAAGCUGUUUUGAAAAUCAGGUGUGAGCACUUUCGAUCCAUGUUUCAGUCUUAUUGGAAUGAGGACAUGAAAGAAGUGAUAGAAAUAGACCAGUUUUCUUACCCAGUGUAUCGUGCCUUUCUUCAGUUCCUCUACACAGACACGGUGGACCUGCCACCUGAAGAUGCUAUAGGUCUUUUGGAUUUGGCGACAUCUUACUGUGAAAACAGACUGAAAAAACUUUGUCAGCACAUUAUCAAGCAAGGAAUCACUGUGGAGAAUGCCUUUUCAUUAUUCUCUGCUGCAGUCAGAUACGAUGCAGAGGAUUUAGAAGAAUUCUGCUUUAAGUUUUGCAUCAAUCAUUUGACAGAAGUUACACAGACCGCAGCAUUUUGGCAAAUGGAUGGCCCUCUGCUAAAGGAAUUCAUUGCUAAAGCCAGUAAAUGUGGAGCCUUUAAGAACUGAAGCCAAGGCUGCUGGGUUAUGUGUGAGUGCUCUGGGGCACUGGUGAUGGUGUGUCUUUUGUGCUCUACUGGUGAUAGGCUGCAGGUAAAAACCAUCAGGUUGUCUUUUCAUAUCUGAGACACAGUUCUCUGUGUAGGAAUAUAUGAAGGAUAUACGGCUUUUCCUGAACUUAUUUCUUUUCAUAUCUGAGACAGAAUUCUCUGUGUAGGAAUAUAUGAAGGAUAUAUGGCUUUUCCUGAACUUACUUCUUUUCAUAUCUGAGACACAAUUCUCUGUGUAGGAAUAUAUGAAGUAUAUAUGGCUUUUCCUGAACUUACUUUAAACAACUCUUGUUUCCAGACAUGUCUAUUUUAAAUGUGACUAUCGGUUUGUCUGGAACACUAUAAAAGGGUGAAAGUUUAGCUGGUUGUUUUUUUGUUUUUCAUUAGAGGAAUUUAUGAACUUGGAAAGGGAACGUUUGUGGCAACUCUCCUGGCUCACUUAUCAACAAUCCGUUUGACACUAGGGGUGGUGAUAGUUUUUGAAUUGUGAGUUAGACAUAGAGGCCCCACCAUGAAUUAAAGAUGCUGACUUUGGGUCUUACUGAAUUGCUGCAUUAGUUGCUAGCUCAACUGCCUUACUGUGAAAGAAUAGCUGAGAUAUUUUGAGGCUUUUUUGUGUGUGUUUGCACUAUUGAUGGACUUUUUCUUAACUUCAUGGUGUAUGAAAAUAAUAUUAAGUUUAAUAUGAGUUAAAUCUAUUGAAAUGAUAAUUAUGUUAAGAUAAAUUUUUAGAUUAGCCAAGAUUUCUCUUAAGACUUAAGCACAUAAAGAGUAGUAAUUUAGAACUGUCUGUGAAAAGUUGAUAAUGGAAGAAAUUUGGACAAGGUGAAUGUUUUAUAACUUAGAAUCUCCACUACUAUUUAACGAUGUUUUAUUUUAUUAAGAUAAAAUUUGAGAACUCAAGUUUAAAUUGCCCCUUCCUCCACACACUUUUUCCUCUAUAAAAAUGACAUAUUCAAUAUACUCUUGCCUUCCUAAAUUGUGGCUGCUAAAUCAUCAGAUCUGCUACAUAUGAUUCAAAGAAAAGGUUCUUAAAACCAACUCUCUUACAGGACUUAAAGGAAUUAGUUUUAUAUCUUAUCUAGACCAAAUCCAUCACCAAUUCACUUAUUUGAAACUUCGCCAGCUUUUACUUUUGGUUUUCCUCUCCUUUUAAUUGUGUUAGGUCUAAUAUUUAGCACAAUUGGACCUUGAAAAAGGAUCAAAAUUAUGGGAUUUUUUGUUUUGUUUUUGGGGGUCUGGUUAUGAAGUGUGAUUUGGAAGGUAAGAAUAUUCAACUCUUAAGCUUUGUCGUGUGUGUCAGUUGCUUUAAGAACAAAGCUCUGUUCUGCCCUCCAAUCCACAGACUCAUUUCCAUUUGUGGGAGUUCUCUUAGCAAAUUCUGUUUCCUGCCUAGAAGGUCCUCCCAUCUGAACUUGGAGCCUAAAUACAUUUUCAGAUCAAAUGUAUUUAUAAAUUAGAAUCUCCACUACUAUUUAACGAUGUUUUAUUUUAUUAAGAUAAAAUUUGAGAACUCAAGUUUAAAUUGCCCCCUCCUCCACACACUUUUUCCCCAAUAAAAAUGACUGACAUAUUCAGUAUACUCUUGCCUAAAUACAUUUUCAGAUUAACAAGAGGGUGAAGAGAUGCGGCAGCUAUUAUUUUUAGCAGUGUUUUUAAGUGUGUGUGUAGCAGGGAGUGAGGGCCUGAAGCUAGAAAUUCAUUGACAGGUAAAACAUAUACAAAUCUAGAAGUCCCAGACCCCUUUUCUUGACCAUGUUGCUAGUGAUUGAAGUCCAGUGAUUAGGUUAGAACUGGUUCUGUAACAUGAUAGAACUUUUCUUACUAGGUUGAUAAUACAUAUUAAUUUGAUUAAUUAUGGUGGGUAGUGUUUGUAACAAUCACUGUUCUGUAGGCUUAUUUUGAUCUGGACAAAACAUGAACUUCAGUAUGUUUACUAUUGCUCUUACUUGAAAAAAGGACUAUGAAAAGCACAAAUUAAAGUAGUAGGUCCAUUUCCAUACAUGGUUCAUUCAUUGAACAAAUAUUUGUGAAGAACCACUUCUCAUAUUAUUGAGUAAUUUGUGUGAGUAUGUAUGUAGUGAAGAGAACAGGAAUAAGUCCUUCAAAAUUGUUUAUCUUUUUUUAAAAAUAUAUACUUAUUUUUCUACUUGGUUUUGUUGUUAAUCAUAGAGAUGAAAACUAUUCUUUGAAUUGCUUUUUUCCUCUGAUGUAAUAAUGAAAGCCAAAGUAUUCAUAUUUCCUAAAAUAGCCCUAAAUGUACUGUUGAUCUUCUUACUGGAACAUGUUUGAUACUCUAAUGUAUAGGUUGUAUUUAUGUAAUGUUUAGAAUGACAUAUUAAUAAAUAAAGCUGUCUGUUAAAAA